UGGACGAAAGCCUCAAGGCCAUUGCCCAAUUGUUCUAUAAAGUAAGGGUUAAUAUUUCUUGUUGCAACUGGCGGCGCUUGAUGGCGUCCAUCCAACUUCGCAUGCAAAGUUUAUCCUCAAAGCUCUUAAAAGAGGCUCAGAAGUUUACUGACUAUAACAUCCGUUCGUAUUUUAUACGAAAAAUAGACAGAACUUUCAAGAAACUUGGUGAAAUCAAGGACCAAGGUGUAUUAGAAGCAGAAUUGAAGAAAAAUGAAGAUUUGCUAGAAGUUUUAAAGAGACAAGCUAUUCUUAGUAAUAUGUAUCAACCGAAAAAAAGCGUGAUUGAGUGAAAUUUCGAGAUUUGUCUUGUUUCAGUUCUUAAGUGUAUUUUAUUUUAAUAAAUAAUAGACGAAUAAACUACCUUUUAUGAAUUGCUUACUAGCUCUAAAACUUUAACCCCUAUAUAUUCUACAGCUUCACAUCUUGAAGAUGGAUCUGAAGUCAAGUCUAACUAAAUUCCUGUCAAUGCACGUGAAGAACUCUAGUUACCAGUUUGAUGAAGAGAUAAUCACCUACUUGGAAGGUAUUGUAGAAAGCUGUGAUUAUGAUGAGCUUGACGAACUAGAAUUCCUCAGUAUGUGUGGUGCUUACAUUCCUCAACUUAAUGAGAUACCCAAGGACAUAUUCUUAGAAUGGUUUUCUUCAGUCAGUGAUUCAAUCAAAAAUAAGUCAGAAGUACAUAGUACCGGUAAUUCAGACCAUCAAAAUAUCCCAAUUUCAUCAAAUAAUUCUAAGGAGAUAAAGAAAAAUUACGAACUGAAAGACCAAAAUACUGACCAACUUUGUGAACACUGUUGUACAAAUUGCAGGAAAAUCGAUGCGGAUGAAUCUGUUAAAACAUUAGCUUCAAUCCUACCUGAUGCUUGCCGAAACGUUCUCAAGGAUUGUUUGCAAACAACUAAUAACAAUGUGGAUGAAGCAGUUCUACUCGCAUUGAAUCGGCUCACAUUGAAUAAUAAUGAUAACACAACUGGUAAAGAAUUGAAUACCUCAAAAAGAAAUAAAACUGUAGUCACCGCCUCAAAGUCGUCAUCAUCAUCAACAAUCACAACGACAGCUGAUAUCGAUGAGAAACUUGAUGAAAAGGCGAAAUCUUUAGUUCUUAAUCGUUAUGACUUCGUAUCAGAAGGUGGUGGUGGUGGUGGUCAACCGGUUAAACCAAAAUUACCAAGUUAAUCCUUACGCGUUGUUUGAACUCACUUCCUCCAGGCUAUGAGGCAUACUUGAUAUGUUGUAAGAACUGAUGAUACUGUCACUAUCCAGUUUGUUGCUCACUCUGAAGUAAAAGGCGGAAUGGGACUCGAAUGCAGGACGUGGUGACUGUGAAAGAGUUGAGUGUUUAAAGAAGAGUAUGAUAAAAAACAACCCAACAUACGUUAUAUUGAUGGCAAACCUGUAGACACUGGUGGAAAAAAGUAUAUUGAAAUUAAAACAGAAUAUCCAAAUAUGCCGCGUCCAACAUUUUUAAAAGCAUUAAAACAAUAUAAAUUUCAUUGAACACAACGAUUUAACCCUAUAAAUUGUGACAAAAUAUAUACCUUAUUAUGUAAUGCUGUUAGUAAAAAAAAAACAAACAAAACAAACAAAAACGAUAUUUCACUCUCAGUAAUUAUUUUCUUUCCGCUUUGCACGUAUACAUACAUACUGCACGACCUUUGUAGUUGGAGGACGCGUACAUACGUAUGUACUGUGCGUGUGUGUGAGAGAGAGAGUGAGUGUUUUUAACAUACAGUGUACAGUUGUCAACCCGUAUUUUAUGUUUUUGAGUCAUUUAAACAACAACAGCUGCUGCAUAUUUCAAAUAUUCUCUUUUAUUUUAAUAUACAUACAUAAUUUCAUAUUUGUAUCAUCACUUUCCUUCUCUGUAGUUUAUAUUCAUGGCUAUAUUUCAACCGGUUUUACAAAUAAUAAUAUAUUUAUAUUGAAUUCAA